AUGCAGGUCCUGACUGAACUCGAAAGACGAGUUGGCCGAGAAGCGACAGCCCGUGCUUGGACGUCUGAAAUGUUUAUGCAGUACCUGGAGCAGUCCGCUUAUGAGGAAAAGCGUCCUUUGCAAGCUUCUGUCGUGCAGCAGUACCUUGCGGCCGGUGCCUGCCCUUCGAUCUCGCAAAACGGGGCCUCAGCCCUCCUGCUGAUGGUAUUGAAUCCGUACUCCAGCUAUGAGGAGAUGGUGCCGAUUUGUCGCAUGGUCCUGCAAAAGAGGCCCCAAGUGGUCUGUCAGCGCGACGGCUUCAAGCUCUCGCCGCUGGAUUGGGCCUCCGACUACGAAAAUAUUGCUGCUCAGCAUAAUGUCCCACCAAACCCGGCAGCGCUUCUGGCCCUUCUGCCGGCGGUGGUGGAACUGGCCCCGGAAAUGGCUGAUGCAUCCGGGGCUAGAUGCCUGAAAGUCAGUGCCACUGGCAUCACAGGAGAAGCCCGGCCCGAAACUUCAUUGCGCUUCCUCGAGGGUGAUCGUGUCCGGUGCCGCGUGGAGGCUCCAGGAGGUACGACUGCAUGGGAAGAAGGUACCAUCGUCGCGCUAUGGUAUCGGGACAAAUGUUGGCCUGGAAGUUUUCCUGGAGCGCCAUACGAAAUAAAGCUCGACAUUGGACAGCUGGUCUAUGCACUUUCGGACAACGAUGUGAUGAUCAGAAGUGAGGCACAAAAGGCUCCCAGCGCGGGACUACCGACAAAAGCAUCAGGUGGCCGCUUUUGCAAGCGGCAGAGAGAGGACGGCAGUUGGGAGUUGCUGGACACCAAGUCUGGAAAAUCUCGGGCUUGCUCACCGCCGGACUCCGACGAG